AUGGUUCCGGUCCGAGCCGUGGUGAUGGCCCGAGAUGACUCCAGUGGGGGCUGGCUGCCUGUGGGGGGCGGGGGCCUCAGCCAGGUGAGCGUUUGUCGGGUCCGAGGGGCCAGGCCCGAGGGGGGGGCCCGCCAGGGGCACUACGUCAUCCACGGGGAGCGCCUUCGGGACCAGAAAACCACCUUGGAGUGUACCCUGAGGCCAGGCUUGGUUUACAACAAAGUGAACCCCAUCUUCCAUCACUGGAGCCUGGGUGACUGCAAGUUUGGACUGACGUUCCAGAGUCCCGCAGAGGCUGAUGAGUUCCAGAAGAGCCUGCUGGCUGCACUGGCUGCGCUGGGUCGAGGCUCGCUUACCCCCUCUUCCUCCUCCUCUUCCUCCUCCCCUUCCCAGGACACCGCAGAGACUCCCUGCCCUCUGACGUCCCAUGUGGACAGCGAGUCCUCCUCCAGUCACAGCCGCCAGGAGACGCCUCCCACCGCCCCGGCGGCCACUAUCAUUACCGUGGAGUCAGCUUCUGGCUUCGGGCCGGCUUCGUCACCCCAGCGCCGCCGCUCCUCUGCUCAGAGCUACCCUCCGCUCCUACCAUUCACGGGGAUUCCGGAGGCCUCAGAGCCCCUGGCCGGGGCAGGGGGCCCGGGCUGGGGCGGCCGUGGCUAUGAGGAUUACCGGCGCGCCGGGCCGCCCGCGCCCCUCGCCCUGUCCACCUGCGUCGUGCGCUUCGCCAAGACCGGCGCGCUGAGGGGCGCAGCCCUGGGGCCGUCCGCCGCACUACCGGUCCCUCUCGCCGAGGCUGCGCCCCCAGCGCCCCCCGCUCGCCCACCCCCGGGCCCCGGCCCUGCCCCCGCGCCCGCCAAAGCCUCCCCCGAGGCGGAGGAGGCGGCGCGCUGCGUGCACUGCCGGGCUCUCUUCCGCCGCCGCGCGGACGGGCGCGGUGGUCGCUGCGCGGAAGCCCCGGACCCGGGUCGCCUGCUGGUGCGUCGGCUCAGUUGCCUGUGGUGCGCCGAGAGCUUGCUCUACCACUGCCUGUCGGACGCCGAGGGCGACUUCUCGGACCCGUGCGCCUGCGAGCCGGGCCACCCGCGCCCCGCGGCGCGCUGGGCCGCGCUGGCCGCCCUCUCCCUGGCCGUGCCCUGCCUCUGCUGCUAUGCGCCCCUGCGUGCGUGCCACUGGGUCGCGGCGCGAUGCGGCUGCGCCGGCUGCGGGGGUCGCCACGAGGAGGCGGCGCGGUGA